UUUGGACUGGGGGAGGUCAUUAGAAAGUGAGGAGUGAGUGCGGGCCGGUUCUCGAGGUUUAGAGACACCUUGUCCAGCGUACAUCUGAUGCCGGUGUGAGAUAAAUACAUUAUUCAACAGCUCUGCGUAGUGUUUCACCCGCUGAAAAAAUGCUUCGUCUCAUCCUGCGGCUCAGGCCGUCCGCCGGGCUCCGCUGUCCCCGUGCCCUCCCGGCCGGGCCUGCUACGCUCAGCUCCCGCUCCGUUCCCGGAACCGGUGCUCUGAGGCGGCUUCACUGUGUAGCGGGGUCCCGGGCUGUGUGUCUGAGCUCCGGCUUCAGCCUCAGGGGGACUCUGCUGCGGUGUCCCCAGCUGACAGGCAGCUGUCAGAGCAAGCGUUACUACAGCCUGCCGCCGCACCAGAAGGUGGAGCUUCCUGCACUGUCACCCACCAUGCAGACAGGAACGAUCGCUCGUUGGGAGAAGAAGGAGGGAGAAAAAAUCAGCGAGGGUGAUCUUAUAGCUGAGGUGGAGACUGACAAAGCCACUGUAGGGUUUGAGAUGCUGGAGGAGUGCUAUCUGGCAAAGAUCCUGGUCCCCGAAGGCACCAAAGACGUUAACGUUGGAUCAGUAAUCUGCAUCACGGUUGACAGCCCUGAUCUCAUCCCAGCUUUUAAGGACAUAACAUUGGACUCAAUUCAAGCAGCCGGUGCCGGUCCAUCAGCAGCUGCCUCCGCUCCUCCUCCUGCUGCUGCUGCUGCUCCUCCCGCAGCCCCGGGCAGCUCUUACCCCACACACAUGAAGAUCUUGCUUCCUGCCCUCUCUCCCACCAUGACGAUGGGAACAGUGCAACGCUGGGAGAAGAAGGUGGGAGAGAAGCUCAGUGAAGGAGAUCUGCUGGCUGAGAUCGAGACUGAUAAGGCGACCAUCGGCUUUGAGGUUCAGGAAGAGGGAUAUUUGGCCAAAAUCAUGGUGGCAGAGGGAACUCGGGAUGUCCCUCUGGGAACCCCGCUUUGCAUCAUCGUAGAGAAAGAAAGUGACAUUGCUGCCUUCAAAGAUUAUGUGGAGACUGGAGUGGCAGAAGUUUCCACACCACCUCCACCUCCACCUCCAGCACCUGCACCGGCUGCAGCUGCAGCUCCAGCGGCUGCAGCACCUAGUCCUGCAGCCGCCGCCCCGGCAGCACCCAGGAAGGGUCGAGUGUUUGCCAGCCCACUUGCCAAGAAACUUGCUGCAGAGAAAGGAAUUGACCUGGCACAGGUCAGCGGCACUGGUCCUGAUGGACGCAUCACCAGGAAAGAUAUCGACAGCUUCAUUCCACCAAAGGCUGCACCUGCCGUAGCUGCUGCUCCCACUCCAGCUGCAGCUCCAGCUGCUCCUGCACCUGCUGCAGCUCCUGCAGCGCCAGCUGGGACCUUCACAGACAUCCCUAUCAGCAACAUCCGCAAGGUUAUCGCUCAGCGGUUGAUGCAGUCCAAGCAAACCAUCCCCCACUAUUAUCUGUCCGUAGAUGUCAACAUGGACCAAGUGCUCGAGCUUCGGAAAGAACUCAAUGAAGAGGUGAAAGCCCAGAACAUUAAGCUUAGUGUGAAUGACUUCAUCAUCAAAGCCAGCGCUCUUGCCUGCCUCAAGGUUCCUGAGUGCAACUCCUCCUGGAUGGACACGGUCAUCCGACAGAAUCAUGUGGUGGACGUGAGUGUAGCAGUGAGCACAGCCAGCGGCCUCAUCACUCCCAUAGUGUUCAACGCCCACACCAAAGGACUGGCUGCCAUCAGCUCUGAUGUGUCGGCUCUGGCUGCCAAAGCGAGAGAAAACAAACUGCAGCCGCACGAGUUCCAGGGAGGUACAUUCACAAUCUCUAAUUUGGGAAUGUUUGGCGUCAAGAACUUCUCUGCGAUAAUCAACCCCCCUCAGGCCUGUAUCCUCGCCGUCGGCGGCUCAGAGAAACGGCUGAUGCCUGCUGAUAAUGAGAAAGGAUUUGACGUAGCCAGCAUGAUGUCGGUGACGCUGAGCUGCGACCACCGGGUGGUGGACGGGGCGGUCGGCGCGCAGUGGCUCGCAGAGUUCCGGAAGUUCCUGGAAAAACCCGUCACCAUGCUGUUGUAAUUGGACUUUACUGCUGUAAAACUGCAACAAAAGGCAGAGGCCUCUCCCUGAAGCGAUCCGAUUGGUCUAAACCAGUUUGGAUCCUCCUGUGAUUGGCCGUCCUGCAACCAGGUCACUCCCAGUUACCCUAAAUGGGAAGAGGUAGAACUCACUCCGCUUACCUGUCUGUCUCUGUCUCUCCUGUCUGUCUUUCUCUCUUCUCGCUCUCUUUCACUCAUACUCUAUUUAUUGAGGCCCCGUCUCACGAGAGACCAGAAUUAGGUUUAAUUUAUCCUAGAUUAGAGACCGGUCAUAUGUCACUAAAACACUGGUAAUGUUUUACAAAGGGAAGUGUUACAUGUCAAACCAGCGAGCGUAUUUAUCCCGAAACUCAUGUGUGUGUUUCUACACACUUUAAUCUGUGAUUUUGUGUGAAUGUGAUAAAGGCAACAGGAUGUGCAGCUAUCUCUGGGUUCCACUCUUUUGAGUAAGGGGUUAAUAGCUAGAUGUAAGUUAACUUAGACACACAGAGUCCAGAUCUACACACACAAAACCCGUCUCUUUUCAGUGACCACACAUACACACACACAAACAAUGUUGAAAUAGUGUGUUUUCUGUGGGUUGAUGCUCCGGUGUGUAUAUUCUUCACUGUGGGGUGAACACAGUGCUGUAUAUACUGUAUAUGGUGGUGAGCUGUUGGGUUGUGAUGAGGCCUCACCAUAUGAUUUAAUAUCUGUACAGUCCUGAUUGAUAACAAACACUUUCAAAGGAAGUACUGAACAGUUUUGCCAAUCCUCUCUCUUCGGUUGGGUUUUAUUUUCUAGUCUCAGAGUUUAAAAACUCACCUCUGAAAUAUUCUGUAUUUCACUGCUGAAACGCACAAAGCUGGUGCUGGUUGUUAUUUGUUAUCUGAAUAAAUUGGGAGAAGUCUA